CGUGCCGUCUUGUCUGUGUCCGGAAGGCAGCGGCGCGGAUCGAUAUUUCGCAGUUUUUCUGAAUCUUUUUUUGAUCGCAGUUUGACAGGUUUUCAGUAUGGAUGUUGCCACAGCAACCGCGGAGAAUGCCGGGGAGAUGGUGAAAGACGAGUUGGCCGAGAAAUGCCAGAAGUUAUUCCAGGCUUUCUUGGAGGAGUUUCAGACCGGGGAUGGGGAGGUGAAGUAUGUCCGUGAGGCCGAGGAGCUGAUCAGGCCUGAGAGGAACACCCUGCUGGUGAGCUUCACAGACCUGGAGGGCUUCAACCAGGAGCUGGCCACCACCAUCCAGGAGGAGUACUACAGAGUGUAUCCCUUCCUCUGUCGGGCCGUGCGCAACUUUGCUCGGGAUCAUGGGAAUGUUCCUCUCAACAAAGAGUUCUACGUUGCAAUCGAGGAUCUUCCCACCAGACACAAAAUCCGUGAGCUGUCCUCUGCACGUAUCGGCGCCCUGGUGAGGAUCAGUGGUCAGGUGGUGAGGACACACCCAGUACACCCUGAACUGGUGAGCGGCACCUUCCUGUGCAUGGACUGCCAGGCAGUGAUCAAAGACGUCCCUCAGCAGUUCAAAUACUCUCCCCCGACCAUCUGCAGGAACCCUGUCUGCAACAACCGCUCCCGCUUCCACCUGGACACACACAAAUCCAAGUUCAUCGACUUCCAGAAGGUGCGUAUCCAGGAGACACAGGCGGAGCUGCCUCGUGGUUCAAUCCCUCGCUCCCUGGAGAUCGUCCUGAGAGCCGAGGCUGUGGAGACGGCUCAGGCCGGAGACCGCUGUGACUUCACCGGGUCCCUCAUCGUCGUGCCGGACGUCUCUCAGCUCAGCACUCCUGGUGUGCGAGCAGAGACCAGUACCCGUGUAGCUGGAGGACCCCAGGGCUUUGAGUCUGAGGGUUUGAGAGGGCUGAAAGCUCUGGGAGUCAGAGAGCUGUCAUACAGACUGGCCUUCCUGGCCUGUAACGUGGCCCCGACUAACCCCCGAUUUGGUGGAAAGGAGCUGCGGGAGGAGGAGCAGACUGCAGAGAGCAUCAAGAGCCAGAUGACGGAGAAGGAGUGGGAGAAAGUGUUUGAGAUGAGCCAGGACAAGAACCUGUACCACAACCUGUGCACCAGCCUCUUCCCCACCAUCCACGGCAACGACGAGGUGAAACGCGGCAUCCUGCUGAUGCUGUUCGGAGGCGUCCCCAAGACGACCAUGGAGGGAACGUCUCUGAGAGGAGACAUCAACGUCUGCAUCGUUGGAGACCCGAGUACUGCCAAGAGCCAGUUCCUCAAGCAUCACUUCUCAGUCAGUCCCAGAGCAGUGUACACCAGCGGGAAAGCGAGCACCGCCGCAGGUCUGACAGCCGCCGUGGUCCGAGAUGAGGAGUCCCACGAGUUCGUCAUCGAGGCCGGAGCUCUGAUGCUGGCUGACAAUGGUGUAUGUUGCAUUGAUGAGUUUGACAAGAUGGACCUCAAGGACCAGGUGGCCAUCCAUGAAGCCAUGGAGCAGCAGACCAUCAGCAUCACCAAGGCUGGAGUCAAGGCCACCCUCAACGCACGCACAUCCAUCCUGGCUGCUGCCAACCCUGUCGGCGGGCGCUACGACCGCAGCAAGAGUCUGAAGCAGAAUGUCAAUCUGACGGCCCCCAUCAUGAGCCGCUUCGACCUCUUCUUCAUCCUGGUGGACGACUGUAACGAGGUGACGGACUACGCCAUCGCCAGACGUAUCGUGGACCUGCACUCCCGUGUGGAGGAGUCAGUGGACAGACUGUAUUCUCUGGAUGAGAUCCGCAGAUAUCUGCUCUUUGCCAGGCAGUUCAAACCUAAGAUCUCAAGCGAAUCUGAGGAGUUCAUCGUCGAGCAGUACAAGCGUCUCCGGCAGCGUGACGGCUCUGGCGGUGUGUCCAAGUCUGCCUGGAGGAUAACGGUGCGGCAGCUGGAGAGCAUGAUCCGCCUGUCAGAGGGCAUGGCGCGUAUGCACUGCUGUGAUGAGGUGCAGCCCAAACAUGUGAAGGAAGCCUUCCGUCUUCUGAACAAAUCCAUCAUCAGAGUGGAGACGCCCGACAUCAACCUGGAGCAGGAGGAAGAGCUGGAGGAGGAGGAGCAGCAGGAGGAAGGAAACAUCCCCAACGGUGUGAAUGGAGUGAAUGGCCAUGUGGAUGGUGUUAAUGGCAUUAAUGGCAUUAAUGGCCACGUUAAUGGGAUUAAUGGGCAUGUCAAUGGUGUGAACGGCCACGCUGAGCCUGGCAGCCAGAAACCGUCUCUCCGCCUGUCUUUCCCCGAGUACAAACGCAUCUCCAACCUGCUCGUCCUGCAUCUGCGUAGAGCGGAGGAGGCUGAGGAAGAGGAGGAGCUGAAGAAAAGUGCGGUGGUGAACUGGUAUCUGAAGGAGAUCGAGUCAGAGAUCGACUCGGAGGAGGAGCUCGUCAAUAAGAAGGGGCUGAUAGAGAAGGUCAUCCACAGGCUGGUGCACUAUGAUCACAUCCUUAUCGAGCUGUCUCAGGCGGGGCUGAAGGGCUCAGAGUCUGAGAGCCCAGAGGAAGGUGUCCUGGUCGUCAACCCCAACUACAUCCUGGAAGAUUAAACUCUUUUUCUCCACGCUCACAGCUUCCAUGACUUCUGAUAUUAAACCUUGGCAAUAAAGUUGAUGUUCUAGGUGUUGAAUAUGAAUGCUCAUAUGUAAUGCAUACAUAAUAGUAGCACUGGAGAUGCUAUUGAUGACUUGUUUUUUGAGUUUAUCAUCUCUACUGUAAAAAGAUUAGAUUCUGGGGCUCUUAAAGAAAAAACAUUUUUUACUUUGUCAAACUGACUAUUGUAAAUAUGCUGCUAUUUUUUCCAGUUGUUUGCUGGCUUCUGUUUGACUGAGGGAACUGCCUGAAUUGUGUACUUGCUAUUUGUUAUUGUAACUAUAUAUUAGAGGCAUACACUGCAGCUUACCUCCGUGGUUUCAAGUUUUGUCUUUUUGUAAAAUUAUGAUGUUGAAAAAUGUUGGUUGAAUAAAUAAAAUGUUGA